AUGCUAGAUGAUGACCCAAUGAACCCUAUUAGAUUUUUCAGCACCAUAUCUAUCUAUCUAUCUAUCUAUCUAUCUAUCUAUCUAUCUAUCUAUCUAUCUAUCUAUUCAUUCCUUCUAUCUAUCUAUCUAUCUAUCUAUCUAUCUAUCUAUCUAUCUAUCUAUCUAUGCCAACUUCUUCUCAUAUCUCUUUCUCAAAAAACAAUACUACCCCUGUAUCCAUGCCAAUAUCUAUCUAUCUAUCUAUCUAUCUAUCUAUCUAUCUAUCUAUCUAUCUAUCUAUCUAUCUAUGCCAACUUCUUCUCAUAUCUCUUUCUCAAAAAACAAUACUACCCCUGUAUCCAUGCCAAUAUCUAUCUAUCUAUCUAUCUAUCUAUCUAUCUAUCUAUCUAUCUAUCUAUCUAUCAGUUUACACCAUAUCUCUCUCUCUCUCUCUCUCUCUCUCUCUAUCUAUCUAUCUAUCUAUAUGUAUCAGAAGAUGAGGAUAUGACCGCCAUGGAUAUUAACAAAUGUCGUGUUGGUAAGUUUAUCAGUACAAAGUCUGUUGGUUGGGAUGACCGAAAUGAUAUCACCAAUUUAUACAAGUAUCCUGAAGGUAUGUUAAUUUAUUCAAUUUUUUUUCUUUAA